CGUGCUGCACACAUGACCAAGUACAGCGUCGUGUCGACACGCGUGAUGCAGCUCGUCGAAGAGGCCGAGGCGCAAGCUAACGCGGCAGCGUGCGGGCUCCGCUUCGAAAGCGGCUCGUGGGACGCAGUGGUCGCCGCUUCGACCCCGCUCGCGACGCUCGUUGUGGGCACACAAAAGCUGCCGGUCCUCAAGCGCCUUGACGAUACUAUGCAUUGCCACCGGACACGCGACGUUGUCGUGACCGUCGGCAACGAGGCGGCCGCGCCCUUGACCACGCUGCCGCUCGCGACGUACUUGCAGGAUAUUUCAAAGUACACCUCACUCAAGACGAGCGUGCUUCUCGACAGAGAGGACGACCGCGUCAUUGUGCGUACGCAGACAUGCAUGCUGCCGGUGGUCGACGGCCGGGCCACGUGCUUCCACGUCGGUCUUCGAACUGACGCCACUGCCGAGCUCGUCCUGCUCUGCACCGAAGAAGGCACAAGUGCACAUGUCGUGCAGCGCGGAGAGUCGGCGCUCUAUGUCAACGACCACGGCACGCGGCGUACGCUGGUGACCAACCCCAAGCUUCGCCCGGUUGUGACGAUCGUCCAAAUACCAAUCACGGAGACAAAGACGUUGCAGUCCGGCGCAACGGCACGUCGCACCCCCUUUUUCAACCCAUUUCUACCCGACGGGCCGCAGAACCGGCGAGAUUGGCCAGCACCACAAAGUCCGACGUUGCCCGAGCUUGGACCCCGUCAGCCCGACUAUUGGCCAUGCCUUCCACAAUGCGAUCCUGCGGCCCCCCAAUACCACCCGACAACCCCCGCGUACUCCCCCAGUAUGUCUCUGGUCGACCCUGCUACCCCAUCGAAUGUCCCAACAGCUCCAGCCUACGUCCCAACUUUGCCAGCCUAUGUGCCACCUACAGUGCCAACGACUUCAGCCUUUGUCCCAACUGAACCGAGCCCGACGUAUGAUUCGCCACGGCGCAUUGAAGCACCUCUGACGGUCGCACCGCCGUCAAUGGCUCUUCCGAACGCCAUUGCUGCGAGCUACGCCCCAAGUCCGGUGUACUACGCUACUGGUCCUUCUUCGGACGCAACGGUGGGCGUCGCCGUCGGCGCCUUCCCGAGCCUCACCGGCCGAACCAUUGAACGUGAUAUUGCGUCUCCCAUUCGCGUCACAGUGCAGUAUUGCUACCCAACGACCGACGGCGUCGUGUCGUCAGCGUCCAUGCGCGAGAUGGCUGAGAGGAUGCGUUCAUGCGAGACGCUCACCAUGUAAUUUGCCUUGCCAAUAACAUCAAUCUAUCAACUUGCGAAUGUGCGAAAA